GCGCUGUGCUCAUCCCAGAACCGGGAGGGCCACGGCCACCGGAAGAGUCGCGGUCGCCAGCGGAGCGCCGGGAGAAGCGAGCGGAAGCGGCGCUGGCGGCGGCGCUGGGACCCGGGAGCGGUCGGAGAACAAGGGAGCUGGCGCGGCGGCCGAGCGGGGCUGAGUCGCGGGCCGCGCUGAGCGCCGCCGCCUAAGAGGCCCGGCCCGGCUGCCAGAGCAGGCCGCGGGGCCGAGGCCGGAGCCAUGGGCGAGACCAAGAUCAUCUACCACCUGGACGGCCAGGAGACGCCCUACUUGGUGAAGCUGCCCCUGCCGGCCGAACGCGUCACCUUGGCGGACUUUAAGGGCGUUCUGCAGCGACCCAGCUAUAAGUUCUUCUUCAAGUCUAUGGACGACGAUUUCGGAGUGGUGAAAGAGGAGAUCUCAGAUGACAAUGCCAAGCUACCCUGCUUCAAUGGCCGGGUGGUGUCCUGGCUGGUGUCAGCUGAAGGCGUUCACCCAGAACCAGCCUCCUUCUGUGCUGACAACCCACCAGAGCUGCCACCUCCUUUGGAGCGCACAGGAGGCAUUGGGGACUCUCGACCCCCAUCCUUCCACCCUCAUGCUGGUGGAGGCAGCCAGGAGAACCUGGAUAAUGACACAGAGACUGACUCCUUGGUGUCUACCCAGAGAGAGCGGCCCCGCCGGAGGGAUGGCCCAGAGCAAGCAGCCCGGCCUAAUGGAACUGCAAAAGGGGAGCGGAGGAGGGAGCCAGGUGGCUAUGACAGUUCAUCCACCCUUAUGAGCAGUGAGCUGGAGACUACCAGCUUCUUUGACUCAGAUGAGGAUGACUCUACUAGCAGGUUCAGCAGCUCCACAGAACAAAGCAGUGCUUCACGCCUGAUGAGAAGACACAAGCGCCGGCGGAGGAAACAGAAAGUCUCUCGGAUCGAAAGGUCCUCGUCCUUCAGCAGUAUCACAGACUCCACUAUGUCUCUCAACAUCAUCACAGUUACUCUCAACAUGGAAAAGUAUAACUUCUUGGGCAUCUCCAUUGUGGGCCAAAGCAACGAGCGAGGUGACGGAGGCAUCUACAUUGGCUCCAUCAUGAAGGGUGGGGCUGUGGCAGCUGAUGGACGCAUCGAACCCGGAGAUAUGUUAUUACAGGUAAAUGAGAUCAACUUUGAGAACAUGAGUAAUGACGAUGCAGUCCGAGUACUGCGGGAGAUUGUACAUAAACCAGGGCCUAUCACCCUAACUGUAGCCAAGUGCUGGGACCCAAGUCCACGUGGUUGCUUCACAUUACCUCGGAGUGAGCCCAUCCGGCCCAUUGACCCUGCAGCCUGGGUCUCUCACACUGCAGCCAUGACGGGCACUUUCCCUGCCUACGGCAUGAGCCCCUCCCUGAGCACCAUCACCUCUACCAGCUCCUCCAUUACCAGCUCCAUUCCUGAUACAGAGCGCCUAGAUGACUUCCACUUGUCCAUCCACAGUGACAUGGCCACCAUCGUAAAAGCUAUGGCCUCUCCUGAAUCAGGGUUGGAGGUCCGAGAUCGCAUGUGGCUCAAGAUUACUAUUCCCAAUGCUUUCAUUGGCUCAGAUGUGGUGGACUGGCUGUACCACAAUGUGGAAGGCUUCACUGACCGGCGGGAGGCCCGAAAGUAUGCCAGCAACCUGCUGAAAGCCGGCUUCAUCCGCCACACCGUCAACAAGAUCACCUUCUCUGAGCAGUGCUACUACAUCUUCGGUGACCUCUGUGACAUGGCCAACCUGACCCUUCAGGACCACGACGGCUCCAGUGGCGCAUCUGACCAGGACACACUGGCUCCUUUGCCACACCCUGGGGCUGCCCCCUGGCCUAUGGCUUUCCCUUACCAGUACCCACCGCCUCCACACCCCUACAACCCACACCCAGGCUUUCCAGAACUGGGCUACAGCUACGGAGGGGGCAGUGCCAGCAGUCAGCACAGUGAAGGCAGUCGCAGCAGUGGCUCCAACCGUAGUGGCAGUGACCGGCGUAAGGAGAAGGACCCAAAGGCUGGGGACUCCAAGUCAGGGGGCAGCGGCAGCGAGUCAGACCACACUACACGCAGCAGUCUGCGGGGGUCGCGGGAACCUCGGGAGCGGGCGCCAAGCGAGCGUUCGGGCCCAGCGGCCAGUGAGCACAGUCACCGCAGCCAUCACUCGCUGACCAGCAGCCUGCGCAGCCAUCACACACACCCGAGCUAUGGCCCACCCGGAGUGCCCCCUCUCUACGGCCCUCCAAUGCUAAUGAUGGCCCCACCACCCGCAGCCAUGGGGCCCCCAGGAGCCCCUCCGGGCCGAGACCUGGCAUCUGUGCCCCCGGAACUCACAGCCAGCAGACAGUCCUUCCGCAUGGCGAUGGGAAACCCCAGUGAGUUCUUUGUGGAUGUGAUGUGAUCAGGGCCCCUCUCCCACUCCCAACCCCACCCCAGCAGGCUGCACCCCUAUCUCCUAUUACUUAGUCUUUUUUACUUUGGUACCUGAAAGAGAAAUAAAUGGAACUAAACCUAGGCAUGAUACCUGCUUGCUGGGAGCCCCUAACCUGCCUCUGGCCCAGCUGGUGCCUCUGCCCACUAAACCGGCUGCAGGGCUUCCCAGGAUCUCUCAUAUCCCUGGCUCUAGACUUGCUGGUGCUUUCUCUCCUCUGCCCCACCCUCACACUUAGGAGCUGACGCUAGUGGUGCCUUGGGGAGCCUCAGUACCCUUUUUCCCACCCCUCAAGCAUGUGUUCAGAUCUCUUGAUUUUGCCCCAAUACUAACAACAAAAAAAAUGGUCUUUCCCUUCCUAUCUGUCCCUGCCUGGUGCUUUAGUCCUCCACCCUACAGCCAUAGCCUCUUCCAGUAGGUAUCCAUGCCAUCCAUCCCAGCCAAUCGGAAGCCCAGACAGCCCCCUUAGGUGCCUGAGCACUAGUGGCUUCCAGGGAAUAUCUGCUGUACCUCCUAUCCACCCUUGCCUGCCCUGUGUGCUGGUUCCCUCAGACCUAACCUUACUAACAGGCUCAUCUCACUUCUGGGCCUGAAACAUUUCUUUUCUUUUUUCUCCUUCAAUUUUCCCUGGGCCUGGAGCAGCCAAGAAUUUCCGGCUCUUUGACUUUCUGUGAGCCCCCAGCAAGGGGAGGCCCAGCCUCUAAGGAGACCAGGAACUCUGCUUCAGCAGCCCCUCAGGGCUUCCCCAGGAUGUCCAGCCCCUACACCCACACUUCAGGGUCACUAGGCUUCCGGAAAAGACCCCAGCUUCACCCAUGCAUGACAGACUUUCCGGAGAAGAGGAGUAUUUCUCUCUCUCUCUCUCUCUCUCUCUCUCUCUCUCUCUCUCU